AUGCCACCCCUACCUAAACUCACCUUCUUCCUCUCCACCCUCCUCACCAGCACCCUCGCCUCCCCCCAAAAAUCCAGCGGCUGCGGCAUCGCAUACAAAGACCUCAGCCUCCCAGCCCAAUACCUCGAUUCCAGCGGCCAAAAUCGUAGCUACCUCAUCCAUCUCCCAUCCACCUACAACAGCGACACCGCGUACCCGCUUGUCCUGGGUUUUCAUGGCAGUCAGAGCAGUGCGAUGACGGUCCCGCUGGACACGAAGCUCAACAACGAGACGUUUUCCGGCGGUAAGAUCAUGGUAUAUCUAGAAGGGGUGGGGGGAAGUUGGGCGGGGCCAAGUUAUCAUAAUGGGAGCAGUGUAGAGGAGGAUGUGCAGUUUGUGGCGGAUGUUAUUGCGGAUGUUGAGAAGAAAGUGUGUGUUGAUGAGGCGAGGGUGUUUGGGUUUGGAAUGUCUAAUGGUGGCGGUUUCAUUGGAACACUGGCGUGCGAUGAGAAGGGGAGUUCGCUUUUUACGGGUCUGGCGGCGCACUCGGGUGCUUUCUACACGGAUGUCAAUGGGCCUGAUAAUGGGUGCGCACCGUCGAAGGAGGUACCCUUGCUGGAAAUCCAUGGUGGAGCUGACAAGGACGUUCCAUAUGCAGGCGGCAAGGGUGAAGGCGGCGAACUGCCUUCGAUCUUUAACUGGCUGAACUCAUGGGCGCUGCGCUAUAAGUGUGAGAGUAGUAGUGUGAAUAUUACGUUUGGGAGCGAGGUGCGACAUUGGUCUUGGGGUUGCGGUGGGAAAUCCGGUCUAAUCCAGCAUUACGAAGUUAUGCACCUAAGACAUGCCUGGGCUGAUACCGAACCCAAUUUCUCGCAGUCGUAUGCGGGGCAAGGACCUACGGUCAUCCAAGCGAGCAGAAUCAUCAUGGAUUUCUUCGACUCGGUGUGA